AUGAGGCCAGUAAAGCAUCUUUUGGCAUCUAGUAGUAAAUUGGCAAAAGUUCCAGAAUUAACAUAUAAAAAAGGAGUAUUUAAUUCACCAUUGUCACCUAAACCAAAGGAAAAACAUAGUGCAAAAUUAGUACGUGAUAAACUUGAACCAGUGGUCUUAAGAUCUCCACCAACAGGGGAAUCCAUCAUAAGGUAUGCUUUACCCAUUCCAUCAAGUAGGACAAAGGAGUCAAUAGCAGAAGAUGAAUUGAUCAGGAAAAUUACCGAACAUCUGAAGAUGGUUGUUUCUACUUUGGAAGAAACCUAUGGAUUUAGCAUUCCAAGUGGAGAAGAACCAGUUGUGAAGCCUGAACAUGAAGGAUUAACCUUUUCUGUUGGGAAUGAUCUGAAUUCAUUCUUGGUAUGUUGUUCACAAUUUGCAGCUCAGUUAGAAGCAGCAGCUAAGGAAGAACAUAAUAUUUUGGAAUCUCUUUGUAAGUGGUUUCAGCAACAGGUCAAUCAGAUGGAAGAGAUAAGUAAAGGUCAAACUUUUUCAGCAGAGUUUCCAGCAACUGAUAAAACAGUCAGUUUAAGCAUUGCACAAAUAGUAAAGCAGUUGCACAAACUUGAAGAACUGAAAAAUCGCCUUAAAGAAGGGUCUAAAUUCUCUUUCAAAGACAUGUCAUCUAAACCCAAGGAUAGUGAAAUUUCACCAGAAGAAGUGCAAACUUAUGAAACUGUACUGCAGAAAAUUGAAGAAUUCAUAAAAACACACUCAACUGAAGAAAUUACAGGUGUUUCUGCGACUGAGCCACAAACUUCUACAAUGACUAAUCGAUUGAAUACCAUGUUGAAAAUAUUUGAAAAUCAGGAAAAUAAAUUAGAGAGAGCUAUGAAUGAGCAAGUUUUGUUAGAGGCUAAAAACACACAGAUUCAAAGUGACCUCCAAGUGUUGUCAGAGGAGAAACUGAUGCUGGAAAAUGAACUACAAAAGUUGAAGAGUACAGAGAAAACAAAGGCUACAAGUGAGCGACAAAAGAAAACUAUGAAAAUGGAGAAGAAAAAAGAUGUAGGAAUAUCUGAAGAUUCAGAAGAGAAGUCUAUAGUGGAAGAGCUUAAAGUAAAAGAAGAUAUGCCUCAAGUCCAGAAAGUAGCACAUGCUCUGAAAAUCGAGAACAGAGUUCUUCGGGAACAACUGAAACAAGCUUUACAGGAAGCUGAAAGAGCUAAGGAGCAACUUGACUAUUUCCAAGAUCAAGAAAUGGAGUUACUUAAAAGUGAGGGAAAGACCAAGACAACAACAGAAAUGGGUAUUGAUAAAAUAAAAGUUAAAGGUGAAGAUUCAAAAUAUAUACCAUUGGAGAAAGACACAAGAAAAACACUAGUGGCAGAUUCAGGUGGACAAAAAGAAAAUGAUAAAAUUAAGCAUUCACAGCUCAGAGAAGGAAAGAGCUAGCCCUGCUAUUUCAGAUCUUUCACAGAUCCUCAAGUCUCAAGAUGGAUCACCUU